AUGGUCACGUUACAUGAAGUUAUCAUUGUAAAGGCCUUUGAGGCGGCUGCAAGACUAAACACCACUGUAUCUCUGGAAGCUAUUCUCUUGCCAUGUUUCGUGUGUCAUCGUAAAAAUGACUUUGCGUUUCUCCUGCACCUCAGCGACCAGUACGACGCCCUGUACUCCAAACGCUUCGCCGUGUUUCUCUCGGAGGUCAGCGAAUGCCGCUUACGGCAGCUCAACCUCAACCACGAGUGGACGGCUGAUAAACUCCGCGCUCGUCUGACACGCAACGCCGCCGAGAGGCUGGAGCUGCCCCUGUUCCUGCUUCCAGGAUUGCCAGACACCGUGUUCGAGAUUUCGGAGGUCGAGUCGCUCAAACUGGAACUGAUCAGUAACGUGACGGUCCCCGGAACCGUAUCGCAGCUUACCGCCUUACAGGAGAUCGUGCUGAUCCACAGUCCGGCCAAGCUCCAGCUGGCGGCCCUCAGUCACCUGCGUGAGAAUCUGAAGGUUCUGCGCUUGGGCUUCGAGGGUCCGGAGCAGGUGCCGCUGUGGAUGUACACCUUACAGAGUCUAGAGGAGCUUCACCUGAGCGGCGCUCUGAGCGCUGAGCUCUCCCGCAGUCCGGCGCUGGACUCUUUACAAGACCUGAAGAACCUGCGAGUGCUGACCUUACGCUGCAAGCUGACCAAGAUACCGCCCAGUAUUGUGGAUGUGUCCAGUCAGCUCCAGAGACUCUGCGUUCACAACGAGGGGACCAGGCUCCAGGUCUACAACAGCCUGAAGAAGCUGGUGAACCUGAGCGCUCUGGAGCUGACGGGCUGCGGUCUGGAGCGGAUCCCCAGCGCCGUCUUCAGCCUGUCCCUACUGCAGGAGCUGGACCUUCGAGAGAACCGGCUCAGCACCGUGGAAGAGAUCUUGAGUCUGCAGCACUGUCGCCGUCUGACCGUCCUCAGACUCUGGCACAACGACAUCUCCUGCGUCCCAGAGCACAUCAGCAAGCUCCGCGCGCUGGAGACACUGGACCUCAGCUGGAACAAGAUCUGCAGUCUUCCACCGCGCCUCUGCUACUGCACCAAACUCCGACACCUGGACCUUUCCCACAACCAGCUGGCGUCUCUGCCCUCGGAGAUCGGCGUGCUUCAGUGUCUGCAGUUCCUCUCGGUGGCCUUUAACUCGCUGGAGAGUCUCCCCGAGGAGCUGUUCUCCUGUAAGAGGCUGCAGGUGCUGGCGCUGGGGAAUAACAGCAUCUCCUCACUGUCUCCGCGGGUCGGGAAUCUGGCUCAGCUGGUUCGGCUGGAGCUGAAGGGAAACCGGCUGGAGUCUCUGCCUGCGGAGCUCGCCGACUGUCUCUCGCUCAGACUGGCCGCUGUGAUCAUGGAGGACGGUCUGACGGACCUUCUGCCUCCAGACGUGAAGGACAGAAUGAAGCGCAGAUAAUCACAGCACUGGAUCGCUGCUCUUAUGCUUUGAACAAAUAUAGCUGAUUUACUGGAUGCCAUCGGUGGUAUGAGCUCAGUAACGUGCUCUGAUUACAGCAGAUACAAUCCUGACUCCACACAUAAGUGACAGUGUUUGUGUGAAGCACUGAACUUUCACCAGACAGACUCGAUAGACCAGAUGCCCAGUACUACCUUCAGUUCAGUUCCAACAAUAUCAAGUGUUCCUGGAGAUUUGCAUUCGGUGCUUCAGGUGUGUUUGAUUAGGGUUCGACCUGAACUUUUGCCAUAGGGGAAUUUUAACAGUAACUUAAUAAAGUGUUAAAGCCA